GUCAGUUAGGAUAUAAGAAAUAUACAAUGAGUAGAUAUAUUUGAUAAACAGCAGUAUUUAUGAGUGCAUCUGGAGAACUCAAUUGCACCACUGGAAAGCUUAUAACAUACAAACAAGUGAAACAAUCGACAAAGCUUGCAGACAAGACAUUGGUAUCCAUGAGGCACCUCCGGGAGAGUCAAAAUCACACUACAGUGAACUCCGUCAAUGAUGAAGAUAAUGAUGUUAAUGAAGCCUUCUUCCAAAAUCAGGCACAGAAUACUGACAACAACAGCCAAAGUAGCUCUGAAAGUAAACAGAUUGUUGUAUCAUUGUGCCCACUGGAGAUACAAAACUGGUUGGAGAAUCGCAAUGAAACAUGUCCUGUAUUGAAGUGUAAGGUUAAACACAAUCAUGAGGAAAGAUGCUUAAAAUGUAAUACACAUUUUACAAGGAGAUUCUUACUACUGAAAGACAAUGAAGGAGAAGAGCGAAUUCAAUCCAUUACUAGGAAAACACACAAAUGUAAAAUCUGUUCUAAAACAUUAAGUUCAAAGAGCCAGCUUACUUCACACAUGUUUAUCCAUAAAAAGAAAAAACUCUUUAAAUGUGAACUCUGCCUUCAAGAAUUUACAACGAAAGGUUCCCUCAUAACUCAUACAAAAAAUAAGAACCACAAUGGAUAUAAAUGUGAAGUAUGUUUUAAAACAUUUGCCAGGAAGUUUGACUGCACUGUUCAUAUGCGAGUUCAUAAGCCAGAUCAUUGGGAAAACAGAGAAAAACCAUUCAAAUGUGAUAUCUGUUUAAAGGCCUUUGUAACAGAACAAUACCUCCAUACACACAUCAAAUCCCACACUGGAGAGUAUGAUUUUAAGUGUGACAUCUGUAUGAGAGAAUUCAGUUCAAAUUCAAAUCUUGUCAACCACAUGCGGAUCCACACAGGAGUAAGACCUUUUAAAUGUAAAAUAUGUUCUGCUGGAUUCACACAAACAUCUAAUCUUAAAAGGCAUAUAAAUACCCACUCAAGGGAAAGGACAUUCAAAUGUGAAAUAUGCUUAAAGAAAUUUAAAACAAGAGAUAGUUUGAAAUCUCACUUACUCAUCCACAGGGAGGAAAGACCAUUCAAAUGUGACAUGUGCAGUAUAACAUUUAAAUUCAGCUGUAAACUCCAACGUCACAAGAAGGUUCACACAGGUGAAAAACCAUUCAAAUGUGAAAUCUGUUCCAAAAGGUAUACUGAGAAGGCAUAUUUGAUUAAUCAUUCUAAAAUUCAUACUGGAGAGACCAGAAAACGUUUCAAAUGUGACACAUGUUCGAAGACUUUUACAGAAAAAGGCAACUUGCGGAGGCAUAUCAGAAUCCAUACUGGUGAAAAACGAUUUAUAUGCAAAAUUUGCUCGAUGAGAUUCAAUGCAAAAGCAGACUUAAUUUCACAUGAAAACCUCCACAAAGGAAUAAGACCCUACAAGUGUAAGUUAUGCCCCAUGUCAUAUCCAAGGCGUUCUGCUCUUGUAAGACAUGUUCAUACUCAUGAUCCAGUAGCUCUAAAAUGUGGCAUUUGUCAAGAGGCCUUUACAACGAAAUUUAGGAUAAUAGGACACAUGAAGCGCAUGCAUGCUGGAAAAUAACUACCAAAGUUAGAAUAGGCUGGUGACUUCUAUAUAUCCCUCACGAACUGCGUCUAGUGGGAAAACUAGUGGUAGAGCACUAUCUAAGAGAUUUCGCAACUCACUUAUA